AAUUUCGCAGACCCUCCGGCUGUAAGGAUUCUACAGCUUUGGGAAGUACGCCAUUGUAGAGGAAGAAGUUCAGCAGGACUGACUACACAGUUUUUACUGCAAAAAAAGAAGGAUGCGCAGAACACUUUGCCUGUUGCUACUCCAUUUUGCAUUAUGUGUGCAGUGUUACAUCUUUCAUCCAAAAUACAGUUCUAACCAGACUCCAGGAGACUUUAAUAUCGAGACAAUUGAUCCCUUGCAAAGCCAAGACUGGUCAUCUUUGGAUGAGAAAAAGGAAUAUGUCAGGGGACUGUCAGAAAACAGGGUGGAACGGCAUGUGGAUGCCAUAUUCACUAACACAUACAGAAAAUUCCUGGGGCAGAUUUCAGCCAGGCGGUACCUGCAGAACAUGAUGGGGAAAACCCUGGGUCAGGAUACCCAGAAAAAGGCAGAUCCUGAAGAUAGCAGUGUGCUGGGGGAAGAAGUGAUCACCCUACUGAGUGACAGUGGGAUUCCAGAUUGGAGGGCAGAAGAGCACCGUGAGACCCGGCUAUAAACGAGAAGCCUACAGGAUCCUUCAUCAAAUGUUCAGCCUAAUACGUUAAUUGCGUGCCAACAAAACGGACAGCAAUGGCAACAUACGUGAUAGAGCAUUGGUCAUUGUGAUUUCUGAGUUGGUAAUAAAAUAUAACAUUAUGGGGCAAAAAAAACUAGGUCAAGUUAUAUGCCAAUUCCCUGUUGAGAAAAAACACUUUUUGCAUCUAAUCAAGAGGCAGUUGUACAGAGGCAUUUCAUAAAAUAAAAAGUUUUAGUGAA